UUUGACUUUUCGAAACCUGCCUAAAGGGUGUGUUUUAUGGCUGGACGUAUAUUUGUCCUGCAUCACGCACUGCAGACAUGGGGAAAGGAGUCGGUGUGUGUGUGAGAGAAAUGAUCAGUUGGAUCGCUAAAGGACACUGGAUAAGUUCUUUAAGGAGCGCUGAAAUGCCCGCGUGACGCUAUACCACGAACACAGAAACGUCAUUCGUAGUUAAAAUACUUUUCUUGUCGUCCGUGACCGGGACAGGACAGCAGGUUGAUGUGUUAUCAGAAGAGCAAACGAGCAACAUGAAGAAAACGUGACUGAAACCUUUGGACUGUAUCGAUGAGGAGUGUUGUGGAGUUGUCAUUGAGUGUCCUUUUUCACACAGUGUUUCUGAGGGGGAUGAGGAUGAUGAUGAUGAUGGAGGACGAACAUCAUUUCUAACGUUACCUUCUAGUGUAAUGCUUUGAGGGAAUAUUCUCUAUUUAUCUGAGGAUAUAUAAUGUUUCCUAGUUUAUAUGCUGGUAUAUAGCCUACACACACACACGCACACACGUCUGUAUUUCCUGGUUUUCUCUUCACCUGGAAAGGGUGUUUUAAGUGCUUUAUCCAAGAGUCCAGGAAGUAGGAAACCAAAAAGCUUAUGAUAUUUAAGUCAGUCCGAACGAAGUCAGAAAAUGAUCCAGGAACUGUCUAGUAGGUUAAAAAGGAACUUCGCCAUAGAGCUAGUUAAAGCAUCGACAGACCUGGUCAGAUAAUAUCGUGUUAAUCGUGUCUCUGGAGGAGCUUGAUUCCUCUCAUCCUCUGAAACGCACAACUGUCAUGGAGAUGAAGAUGUUCAUCGUUGUCUUGGGGCUCCUGGUGGGCAGUUUGAUGCCCGUCGGAGGGGCCGCCGGCUCUCCAGACACGGGCACCGGUCACGGGAUGUCCCACACGGGAGAUCACGGGCUCCCGAAUCACGGCGGUGAGGGAAAUCACACCAGUUACGUCAAGAAGCCCUUCCCGGUUCUGGCUUUUGAUUAUGAACACGUUCGGCUGCCCUUUGAGAUCUCAUUAUGGGUGCUGCUGGCUUCCUUGAUGAAAUUGGGGUUCCACCUGAUCCCUCGUUUGUCCUCUAUCGUCCCGGAGAGCUGUCUGCUGAUCGUGGUGGGUCUGCUGGUCGGGGGUCUUAUGAAGGUGGUCGGCGAGAUUCCUCCGACGCUGGAAUCCAAUAUAUUCUUCCUCUACCUGCUGCCUCCCAUCAUCCUCGAUGCGGGAUAUUUCCUGCCCAUACGACCCUUCACGGAGAACCUGGGCACCAUUCUCAUGUUUGCGGUGGUGGGGACCCUCUGGAAUGCGUUUUUCGUGGGUGGGCUGCUGUACGGCGUGUGCCGGCUGGAGGGCGCUGACCUGGAGCGUGUGGACCUCCUGUCGUGUCUGCUGUUCGGGACCAUCAUCUCAGCCGUAGACCCUGUAGCCGUGCUGGCUGUGUUUGAGGAGAUCCACAUUAAUGAGCUGCUCCACAUCCUGGUGUUCGGGGAGUCUUUACUUAAUGAUGCCGUCACUGUGGUGCUGUAUCAUCUGUUUGAGGAGUACUACAGUGUGGGUACGAUCACGGUCAGCGACGUGUUCCUGGGUGUGGUGUGUUUCCUGGUGGUGUCGUUGGGUGGUAUCGUGGUGGGCGCCAUCUACGGCAUCCUGGCGGCCUUCACGUCACGCUUCACCUCACACACCCGUGUCAUCGAGCCCCUGUUUGUCUUCCUCUACAGCUACAUGGCUUACCUGUCCGCGGAGGUCUUCCAUCUGUCCGGCAUCAUGGCGCUAAUCGCAUGUGGUGCCGUCACGCGUCCCUACGUGGAGGCCAACAUAUCCCAUAAAUCCCACACCACCAUCAAGUACUUCCUGAAGAUGUGGAGCAGCGUGAGUGACACGCUCAUCUUUAUCUUCUUGGGAGUGUCCACAGUGGCCGGGCCGCACCGCUGGAACUGGACCUUCGUCAUCAUGAGUGUCAUUCUCUCACUGGUGGCUCGUGUUCUGGUUUUUGGACCAUCUGCUAACUGGCAUUGAGGAUAUCUGCGGACAUUAUGGACAUCAUCACUGGAAAGACAAACUGAACCGGUUCAAUAAGAAGUACAUAAAGAAGUGCCUGAUAGCGGGAGAGCGCUCCAAAGAACCUCAGCUGAUCGCCUUCUACCACAAGAUGGAGAUGAAGCAGGCCAUCGAGCUGGUGGAGAGCGGAGGAGGAUCCAAGCUGCCUUCUGCCAUGCCCUCCACCAUCUCCAUGCAGAACAUCCAGCCCAAGAAGACUCCUCAGGACCGAGCUCUGCCACAGCUCUCCAAGUCCCGUGAGGAAGAGAUCAGGAAGAUCCUGCGCACAAACCUGCAGAGGACCCGCCAGAGACUGCGCUCGUACAACAGACACACACUGGUGGCUGAUCCGUUUGAGGAUGGCUGGAAGGACCUCAUCAAACGCAAGAAACUGAUUGAUAUGGAAAAGAAGAUACUGAUGAGCAAUCACCUGACCGUUCCAGCUCCGCCUCCCGAUUCCCCGAGCGUUGCUCGAGCUCGACUGUCUUCAGACCCUCAGGCGUGGGGCAUCAAGGCCGUCACAGAAAGCAUCCCCACCAUUAAAGUGGACCUGGCCUCGCCUCAGAGCCCGGACCCCGUCAACACGCGGGACGAGUUCGGCAGCAAAGCAAGCCAGCCGAAGGAGAGCCAGGAGGAGGGCGGCCUGAUGAUGAAACCACCCUCUCCUGCGAAGGAGAGAAAGGACAAAAUGGCGUACGAGGAUGAUGAUAAGGAGCCUCAGCGCCUCAUGCGCUGUCUGAGCGACCCGGGGCCCACCGCCGACGAGGAAGACGAGGACGAACCCUUCCUCCCCUGAGAGAGCAGAACGAGCUCUUAGACAUGAAGGACAGAUUUAUACUCUAUAGGAAGCCGAAACGAGAGAAACGUCAGGAAAAACCAAACUGUUGAUGAACCAAAAUAAAGAAAAUGAAAGGGAGCGAUGAAAAAUAGCCUUUUUUUUUUUUUUGCGCUUGUCGUUGUUCUUUUUAUUUCAAACCCAAAGGCUUUUUCACACCAAGCACGAUAUUACAAAAACAUUUAAAGAUGUCGUUUUAAAAAUCAUUGUAAAUGGAAUAGCGGAGUCCACACGACAGAGAUAACAAUAACGAAUGAUUAGCCAAUCAGAAUCCACCAGAGCUCGAGUUAUUAUAGUGGCAGACUAUAAACGAUAUUGUGCAUUCGUGUGGACGAUGAUAUAGUCAACUAGGAACACCCCCACCUCCCACGCACAAUUGUUAUUAUAAUAAAAAAAUAUAUAUAUAUUUUAUUGAAUAUAUCGUAUUUUGUAGAAUGUAAAGAGAGUAUUUAAUAAUAAUAAUAAUAAUAUAUUGCAUUAUAAUAGAACAUGUUAUAUAAAAUAUAGUAAUAAUAAUAAUUUUAUUUUACCGUACAGUAAAAUUACAGUACUAACAUUUAUGGUUGCCUUAAUUUCUUUGCUUUCAAACAUUAAACCAAUUGAACUUUUAAAACUCUUUAUUGACAACAGAUUUAUAAAUUACGGUUGCGUUCUUAAAUGCAAAUUAUAAGCGUCUGAAACUCGUUAGCGUUAGCAUUCACACUGACUCUGAAACGUGCAGCGCUUCAGACUAGACUGUAUAUUUAUAUGUUCACAACUUUAGCGAUUUGAUGAUCGCAGUAAGCCAUAUAACAUUCUCGUCUCGUCACAGGACUUAAACCCUUUCAAUGUGGAGUUUAACGCUCGUUUGGCUAACAUGCUAAUAGUCUGCCGCUGUGAGCAAUCCGUGCAUGAAAUAAGUGUAUUAGAAAAUGAAACAUUUUACAAUUUAUUUAGGCAGUUUCGUGAUUUCAAUGAAAUCCCCCUCCCCCACAUGAUUGAACACGCGGCUUAUUAUUACAGAUCUAUGCAUUACCAAACGCUCGCACUGUUCAGUCUCUAUAUUCAGGUAAACCGUGUCUCUUGCCAUUUUUUUAGAGCAUUGUUGUGUUUUCUUGGUGUUCGUUCACAUAAAUUGGCUUUAUUUGUUUUUAUCACUAGUUGUUUUACCUCAUGAGGAAUUAGACUCGUUCAUCAGGAGCAAUAAUAGGAAACUGGCCACAUUAUGACCUUUCUUUUAUUUAUCAGUCAGAUGGUCAUAACUAUACGAGUCAGUUGCUCAAAACUAAACGAAGACGGUGAUAUUCAUAUUUUCUCUGACUAAUUAUUAACCACACGUGGAAGACCAUUGAGGUCACGCUUAUUUGCAUAAAAGACCUGAGAACCAACUUGUGGAGAUCGCACAGAUUUGCAUUUUACACCAAAAAGUCGCAUGACCAAAUUGAUUGGUUGUGAUCAUCCUUUGCUUAUACUUUAUUAAAUUAAAAUGGCCUUGUUAUUAUAUAAUCGGUAACGCUUCCUUUUACAGUACAGUACUUACCUAGAAAGUACUGGCUAAUAUAAGGUAAGUACAUGGAACAGGGGUAGGUUCAGGGUUUGUACUAGUUAUUACCCGGUAAUUCUAGUUACUAAAAUAAGUACAUAGUAUUUACAUGGGUAACUGGACUGUAAAAGGAAGUGUUACCAUAUAAUCUUAUUCCCUUUAAAGCUUUUGUGACCAGUCAUGACCGCUCUGAAGGAGAUCUGGACCAUCGUAUUCUCAAACCUUGAUUUAACUUACAGGAAGAGUUCAUGCUAAAGAUGAUGUCAUUAUCUACUCACCCUCGUUUCAUAAACCACACCAAUAUGCUGUAGAAAUUAUGACAUACUAAGUCAUAAGUUUGAGAUAAAAUUGUGAGAUAAAAAGUCAUAGUUAUCACAUAAAAAGUCAAAAUUGUCAAAAAGUGAAAACGGACACACUAAAUCAUUAUGAGAUAAAAAGGCAAAAUUACAACUUACUAACACUAAGACACAAGUAUGAUAUAAAAUUGGCAUUUGACAAAAAGUCAAAGAUAUGACGAACUAAGCCAUAAUAGUCAAAAUUAUGAUAUAAAAAGUCAUAUUUAUGUAAUAGUUGAAAUUACAACAGAAGUCAUAAUUAUGAGAUAAAAAGUCAAAACUGAGUCAUAAUUAUGAGAUAAAAAGGCGAAAUUACAACAAAAGGUCGAAGUAUUAAGCCAUAAUUGUGAAGUUUAAAUAAUGAGAUGGUCAUAAUUAUGAUAUGAAGUGGAAAUGAACAAAAAACAAUCUGACGUACCAAGUCAUAAUUUGUGAGAGUCGAAAUUGAGA